AUGCAUCCACAGCCCGCCAAUGCCACCUUGGGCUUCGGUGCCGUGCUUGCCGUCUCGCGCGCCGCCUCGCCCCGCCGUCAUCACCUGCUUUUUGCCGCAAACUUGACCGGCAUCGACAUCACCAUCCCCGAUCAGCCCGUCUGGUCCGAUCGCCAGGUCGCCGCCUUCCGCGCCCACAAUUCCACCAUCACUCGCGGCUCUGCCUUGGCUUGGAUGGGCCAUCUGAACGCCCUUCAAUGGUACCCGUUCCUGCGCUCCGGCCUCGAGACGGCCAUCAUCCUCGAGGACGACGUUGACUGGGACAUCCACCUGCGCACCAGGCAAGUUCCCCUUGUUUCGGAGAACCUCCAGGCGCUCCUGGCCUCCAACUCCACCUACUGGAGCGAUCUAGACCGAUGGGAGAUCCUCUACCUCGGCCACUGCGGCGAUUUCUUCAAUUCUGACAAGUUCGACCGUACGGCUCAUCGCAUCUUCGCCGAUGACACGAUGCUACCGCACGACAGGUUGCACGGAGCGACACCAGAGUUUCUCUCGAGUCUCGGCCUGCAAGAUGGUGAGCGUGUGAUCCACCGCUCCCAAUGGCCUUUGUGCACCUUUGGCUACGCCGUGACCCGUGCCUCCGCUCACCGUAUAGUGACUGACUUUGCCGCGCGUGAACCAGAAGGUGGUUGUCAAGCCUUUGACGUCCGUCUCCUGGAGGCUUGUCGUGACCAAGAAUGGCAAUGCUACACUGCAAAUCCAGAACUGUUCCACCACGUCAUGGCUCCUUCGGAAAUCGCCGAGGUCAACGAAGGGAUCACUCCUGGAAAGGCAGCGAAGAAGCUAGCAGACACACCAAACAUUGCUUGCAGCGCAAGAUCAGACUCGUUCUACACCGAGAAUGCGGCCACACUGGCCUAUCUGCAAGUAGAGGUGGGCUUGAAGGGUCAUUGUUUGAUAGACGCCAUGGGAAAAGACGCGGAGUAGUUAUCCUUUCUGGUGCAGGAGCAUAGAUACCCCUAGAGCUUAUUUAUUUUCGCAAGAACAAGAGCCACGUUGCUGCAUAUACAGGAGUUG